AUCCUCAACCCACAAACACGUUUCGUUUUCUUUAUUCUCACAAAUGGCAAGUCCGGGGGGAAUGUUUCUGUGUUUCUUGAUCGUGGUCUUGGAUAUCGCGGCUGGAAUUCUUGGCAUCGAGGCCGAGAUUGCACAGGAUAAGGUUAAGCACGUGAGGUUGUGGAUAUUUGAGUGUAGGAACCCAAGUCACCAAGCUUUCAUGUUGGGUUUAGGCGCUGCACUACUUUUCGGGUUAGCUCAUGUGAUAGUCAAUUUGAUUAAUGGCUGUAGCUGUGUCUGUUCUCAAGAAGAGCUUCAGAAGGCUCCCCCAAAUAGGCAACUCUCUGUAGCCUCCCUCAUCUUAACCUGGGUGGUGUUGGCCGUUGGAUUAUCGAUGCUGGUGAUAGGGACGAUGUCAAACAACAAGCGAGACGGCUCGUGUGGGCUGUCGCAUCAUCAUUUUCUGUCCAUUGGUGGCAUUUUGUGUUUUGUUCAUGCCUUCCUCUCUGUUGUUUAUUACAUUUCUGCCACUGCCUCGCUGUAGGCUGCAGGCUCCUCCUUCAUC